CCAGUCAGUUGUCUAUCGUCUCAAACAUGAACUACCUGACGUGUGUUCUGCUCCCGUUGGCUUUGAUUCCGGCUCUUGUCUGUGCCCAUCCCAGCACGGUGGUGGUCAAUGGGGUAUGCCUGACUUGUCCCAACCCGCACGGAGAUCCCGUCUAUUUGGAUGGUCAGGAGUAUCGUAGCUUCUCCUCUCCAGGCAGCAGUGGGAACGUGGUCAUAUCCCGAGGCGGUGAUGGCAGGGGGCGUGGCACCGUCUACCAAAGAGGCGGCAAUACCAUUGUGAACGGACGGUGUCAGCAUUGCAAUGUGGACUUGGAUUACUAACAGUGUCACCUUAAAGUCUGAACAUUAAAUGGAAAUUACGUAAACAAACAUACAUGUUUAUAUAGAAUAUACAUUCUCUUGAUCAAUCAAA